UUUUAAUAUGGAACAACUCACCAAAAAUGCCAUUAAAAACUUCUUUGAAGACAAGGGAGAUCUUCCCGAAAACAACCUACCAGUUGUUCAGGUUAUUAACAUUAAGCGCAUUCCUACCGCUACAGGUUUGCGGUACAGACUGGUAAUUUCAGAUGGAAAUCACUUUAUGCAAGCAAUGUUAUCUGCUGCACAGGGCGGCUUGAUUGAAUCAGGACAAAUUGACAAAAACUCAAUUAUCAAGAUCCUCAAGUCAAACCCUAAUUCACUCCAGGGCAGAAGAGUUCUGGUUCUUGUCAAUCUUGAGGUUGUUAAUACUACUGUACCGGAUAAGAUCGGCCAACCCGUUAACGUAGAAAAUGCAAUGAACGACACAAGCGCAACUACUUCUGUUAACUCAGCCAGUCCUUCUGUCCAGAAGCCAUCUUAUCAGCCAACAGCACAAGCCCAACCACAAUCUAUGGGCCAGUCUAGAGGAGCUUUGAAUCAGUCUGCAGUUAACAAUUCGAUCAAUCCUUCGGUUACCAGUAUCAAGAGUCUCAACCCUUACCAGACCAAGUGGACUAUCAAGGCCAGAGUAUCCCAGAAAUCUGAUAUUAAGACAUGGCACAAUGCAAAGUCUGACGGAAAAUUAUUCUCUGUGAACCUUCUGGAUAGCUCUGGAGAGAUCAAGGCUACUGCUUUCAACGACCAAGUGGAUCGUUUGUACAAUUUGUUGGAAGAGGAUAAGGUUUAUUACAUUUCCCGUGCUAGAAUCACUAUAGCCCGUAAACAAUUCUCUACUAUCGAUAAUGAAUACGAACUUUCGCUUGACAAUGGCACAGAAAUCGAAGUGUGCUCAGAUGAAGCUGCGGUACCUCAAGCAAACUACAAUUUCGUCAAGAUUAAAGAAAUCGAUAAUUUUGAUAAGGGAGCCGUUAUUGAUGUUGUUGGUGUAGUAAAGGAUGACAAUGGUCUCCAAGAGAUUGUAUCUAAGACUACCGGUAAACCAACCAAGAAGAGAGAGCUGGUGGUUGUAGAUGAGACACAAAAGCAGAUUCGUCUUACAUUGUGGGAUCGCGUCGCCGAGUCGUUUGAUUCUUCGGGAUUCCCGGUCAUUACUGCAAAGGGGUGCCGCGUGGGCGAUUUCAAUGGACGAACCUUAUCCUUGUCAAGUGGAGGCGCUCUCAAAAAGAACCCUAAUAUCCCUGAAGCCAAUAGCCUCAAAGAAUGGUACAAUUCGGAUGGACAAACUACCACAUACACUUCAUUUUCUUCCCAGAACCAGGCAUUUGAUAACGGAGGUCAAGGAUCAAACAAGAAAGUGUCUUUAUUACAAGCUAAAAGGGACAACUUGGGUGGAUCGGAAAGACCAGAAUUCUUCACUACUCGUGCUACAGUAGUAUACAUUAAGCCUGAAAAUGUUGCUUACCCUGCUUGCCCUGCUUGUAAGAAGAAGACAUCCAACAUAGGAGAUGGCUGGAGAUGUGAGAAGUGUGAAAAGGUGUUUGCUUCACCUGACUGGAGAUACAUUUUGACGUUGAGAAUCGCAGAUCCUACAUCACAACUGUUUGUCAAUGCCUUUGAUGAUGCUGGCAAUGUUUUGGUUGGCAAAUCAGCCAACAUGGCAAUGGAUCUCAAGGAUAAUGAUAAUUCCAGCUUCAUGAGAAUGCUUGGUGAAUGUCUCAACAAAACCUACACCUUAAAGAUCAAGGCCCGAACAGAGACUUAUAAUGAUGCUGCCAAUGUUAAGUAUACCAUCAUUGACGCCAGUCCUAUUGAUUAUGUAAAGGAAGCCCAUUUCUUGAUUGAGGAAAUUGAGAAAAUGAACAUUUAAAUAAAAUAAUAAUAAAAAAACAGAAAGUAGGCCACUUAUGGAUUAAAAAGUGCCUACCAAUUAUAUUUAGUACAUAAAGAAUAGCAUAAAGAAUAAACGUCUAAAAAUCUAAUAAAUGAAUUGAAUUUUAUGCUCAUACAAGU